GAGUGUGUUUUCUGACGCAGAGCGUCGGUGGACAUGAGUUGUAGAUCAGCGGCCGUGUGGAGCGUGAAGGCGAAGCUGCAGCGGAGAGUCGAUGGCUGGGUUAGCGAGCAGUGUGAACCGAGCCAGGCGGCCCGCUGAGUUACGUGCCGAGUCUGACAGCCUCUGUCGAAAAUGAGCCUUGUUCCUCGUUUAAUUUCGUUGCCAAAGGGAAGCUGCAAAAGGAAAGAUAUUCCCUUUCUCUGACUGAGCAGCAGUGGAGACACAGUGGGGCUCGUUUUUAGCACCUGGCUACCUCGCUAGCUCCGUGCUAUGACUACACAGCGAGCAGCUCACAUUGCUUCAGCCUGACAUUCUCAACAUGGCCAUCACUCAGUUUCGCCUGUUCAAGAUAUGCACUUGCAUAGCAACCAUCCUCUCUUUCUUUAAAAGGUUGAUUUGCAGAACUGGAAGAUCGCGGAAGCUAAGCGGUGAUCAGAUCACUCUUCCUACUACUGUUGAUUAUUCCUCUGUGCCUAAACAGCCAGAGAUUGAAGAAUGGAGUUCGUGGGAUGAAGAGGCUCCAACAAGUAUAAAGAUUGAGGGCGGUAAUGGAGCUGUUCCUCCACAGCAAAACCAAGUGGAGGAGGAAGAGCCAGACUAUUUUAAAGACAUGGCUCCUACCAUCAGGAAAACACAAAAGAUUGUCUUGAAGAAGAGGGAGCCUGUGAAUUUCUCUGUUCCUGAUACUGCUACAGGCUUCUCCAGCAGACUGGCUGCCGCUCAGGACGUGUCCUUCAUCCAGCCUUCAGCAGAGCUGGGGGACCUGGAUAACUGGCAGGAGGACAAUAAUGCCUGGGAGGAUGAAUCUGAUGCUGCAUGGGAGGCAGAGGAAGUGUUAAGACAACAGAAGAUGGCAGAGAGGGAGAAGCGUGCCAUGGAACAACAGAGGAAAAAAAUGGAGAAAGAAGUUCAGAGAAUGAUGAAGAAGGAGCAGAAGAUUGCAGUCAAGCUUUCAUAACAUUUAUAAGGAGCGCCGGACACUCAAAAUCCCAAAUUAUCCUCAGUCAAUACCAUUGAUCCUUUUUAUCUGUUGCUUUUUAUCCAUUGCACAUCUCACUUCUGUGACAUUUGCCAUCAAAUUUGGAAGUCUAUUGACUGGUGAUUGAGCAUUCUACUCGUUUUCUAACUCUUUCCCUUUUAUUGUAUUGAAUACAAUAACAAAGUGUCUUUUUGUGCAUUCAGGAACAUUGGGGAAUAUAAUAGACCUGCAGAAAACUUGGCAGUUUAUAGUGUGUCUGUAUUUAUAAAACUUGAAAGACUGAGGGGAAUGACUUUUUUUUUUUUUCUUCCUCUUGCCUUCGUAAUAUAUUUUUUUUAUCUUUGCUUUUUCUUCUCACCAUUCUUUAUAUGAUCCUGUACUUUAAACAGUUAAUUAAGGAGGAAUCAUUUUAAAUUGUGGCAGUAAUAGUCUAUAAUUGUUGAAUUUAUGCAAUACCUUUUUCUGCUUGCAGAGCAAAUUUAAUGGUGGUUAGCUUGUCAUCAUGUCCCCCUUUCUCAGAGGUUAGACAGGCCUAACUGUGAUUAAGAGUUACUGAAGAAAGAUGCCUUAUGUAAUGGCAUGUACUUUCAAAAAAGGGAUGGAGUUUGUCUUCACCAGAUUGACGUCAGCUGACAAUAAAACAAAACACAUGAAGCCUGAGACUAAAAAGAAGAGCAUAAAUCUCCAUCCAUGUAGUAGAAAUUGGUUCAUCAGGCUUAGACUGAUGGAGUGGCCGCUCUUGAAGCCAGUGUUUAUUGAGACGUGAGCGUUAAACUGUUGGUCGUCAUGGUAACCUUGCAGUUUUAGGCUGAAAUGGCAACCAAAGCAACUCCUGCCAUAUUCAUUUUUAAUUGAAUAGUGCGUUUCCAUUCAGUGUAGUAUUAGAAAGCAUCAGGUAAAUAAUCUGUUCAUCAACAAAGGACAUGUAGCACCUAUGAAGUUUUAGGCAGAAAUUCUCUUAUAAUAAGUCCAGUGCCAACUGGAGUCUGUUUUGACAGGAUAAUGGUUUGUGUUCUCAGACUGACUGACUUGUUGGUUGGUUGUGAAUAAGGAGAAUGUGGAAAUGUUUCUUUGUGGCUCUCUAGAUUGUCAUGUACUGAUAUAAAGCUCAGGGCUGUCCUAAGGUGGUGAGAAUGUUGGCGGUGGCAUCAUCUUGUGCUAUAACGAGAAAGGAAAGUUAAGCCAUGAGAGACAUGGGGCAUAGAAAAAAUAUGAGUUUCCUUUUUAAUUAUUAUUUUUUUCUUUCUGGUCAGGUUGGUGGUUCUCCAAAGCUUAAUGAUCAUUAAUGAGUUGGAGAUGGUUCUAAAGUUUUUCUGAAAUCUGUUUGGAAAGGCUUCUGAGAUUGGUUUUACCACAUGUGGCAAGACAGUAAAGUGCAUGAUCAUGUCUUUUGUCAAACAUUGCUUCUGUUUCUUUGCACACAUUCCUCCUUCACCUGUAAUAAAUGUUUGGAAAGCCA